AUGGCUGAAGUUAUCAAGCUUCAUGUGGUGUGUAUCCCAUUCCCAUUGCAAGGGCACAUAAACCCUAUGCUCAAAAUAGCAAAGCUCCUUCACCAUAAAGGUUUUCAUGUAACCUUUGUCAACACAGAAUUUAACCAUAAAGGAAUACUUGAUGCCAGAGGCCCUAAUGCCCUCGAUGGUCUGCCUGACUUCUGUUUUGAGACUUUACCAAUCGAGCACCCUCCUUCAAAUUCCCACAUAAGUGCCACCCUAAACCUUCUUGCCCUUCGACAGGCAUGUGGAAAGAGCCUUUUGUGUCCCUUGAGAGACCUCAUUGCUAGACUCAAUGACACUGCUGCAAAUCCUCCUGUGACAUGCAUGGUGUCUGAUGCUAUGUUGACGUACACUCAGGAACUCACUGAAGAACUUGAAAUGCCGAAUGUGUUUGUUUGGCAUAUGGCUGCGACUGGGGUUGUGAGCUUUGCACAUUUUCGUGAUCAAAUGAAGCAACUGGUCACUCUUCUCAAAGAACCAAGCCAAAAAACUGAUGACAUGUUGGACAAAAAGUUGGAAUGGAUUCCAGGAACGAAAAGAGCACGAAUGAGAGAUCUUCUUAGUGUCCUCCGAGUUCAAGAUCGAAAUGGAUACAUGGAAGAUAGUAGCGAGGGCGAUAUGGAAAGAGUUUCCAAGGCAUCGGCAGUUAUUUUCAAUACCUAUGAUAGCUUGGAGGGUGAAGAGUUGAACAGCCUCUCGUCUGUUUUUGGUCGAGUUUAUAGCAUUGGUCCUACUCAAAUGCUUUUGAAUCACAUCUCUGAUGAUUUUUAUGAGUCUGUUGAUGGAAAUCUAUGGAAUGCUGAGCCUGAAUGCCUUAAAUGGCUUGAUUCGAAGGAGCCGGGUUCGGUGAUUUAUGUAAGUUUUGGUAGCUCGACAAUAACAACAGCAGAGGAGCUAGUUCAGCUUGCUUGGGGACUUGCUGAUAGCAAGCACAACUUCUUGUGGAUAAUUAGGCCAGAUUUGAUUAAAGGAGACUCGACAAUUCUACCACAGGAAUUUCUUUUCGAAACUAAAGAGAGAGGUUUUGUAGCAAGUUGGUGCCCACAAGAGCAAGUCCUUAACCAUCCGUCAAUAGGAGGAUUCCUAACACAUUGUGGGUGGAACUCAAUGAUAGAAAGCAUAUCUGCCGGGGUGCCGAUGAUUUGUUGGCCAUUCUUUGGGGACCAAUUUGCAAACUCAAGAAAGAGUUGCAACGAAUGGGGAAUUGGCUUGGAGCUGAGAGAUGGAUUCAAAAGAGAAGAAGUGGAGAACAUUGUUAACGAGAUACUGACAGGUGAAAAGGGUAAGAAAGUGAAGAAAAAGGUCUUGGAAUGGAAGAAAAUGGCAGAAGAGGCCACAAGUUUUGAUGGUUCAUCUUCUUUAAACUUGAACAAUUUGGUCAAUGAAGUUCUGCUAUCGAAAAGUUGAUUUUCAAGUUUUUGUUAGUUUACUAUUUCAAGUGUUUUAAUAGUUUCUCACAAUGCACACUGUGAGAAUUAUUAAAGAAUAAAAUUGAAGAAUUUU